AUGAGCCAUCAGAAGAAGGUCAGCCUCAAUCCCCACGAUCUUUGGGGUGUCUUGAAAGGUGCCAACAUGAGUCAAAACGCUGCUGAUGCUGGCCUUAACCGUGACUCAUCGACCCCCGAGUCCAACGCAUCAAAAAGACCAACGAGUCCAACAUCAAGCAAAAAACUCCCCAGUAGACCAAAAGAAAUGUCUUCCAAAGCAGCUCCCGCGGCAAACCAGCCGCCAAAGUCUCUCCCGGAUUUCAUUGUGCAGAGAAAUGAACUUUUCGACCAGCUGAAAAAACAGUACGACCAAGACCUGGCUGCCCGAGAGAAAUCUCCCAUCCAGAUCAACCUCAUCCCAGUCCCAGGCCAGGAGACCACUAUCGAGGGUAAAGCAUGGGAGACUACGCCUGGCCAACUCUUAAAAAACGUCCCCAAAGAGCGCGCUGGUCAGAUAGUCGUCGCCAAAGUCGACGAUAAAGUAUGGGACCUCGACCGUCCGCUCGAGAAGGACAGCAAGGUUUCGUACCUCACCUUUGAAGACUCCGAAGGCCGAGAUGUCUUUUGGCACUCUUCCGCACACGUUCUGGGGGAAUGUGCCGAGCACGAAUAUGGCUGUCGCCUGUCCCACGGCCCUCCUACAGCCAUGGGCUUUUUCUACGACAUGGCUCUCGAGCCAGGCCAUGCCGUCCGCGAAGCCGACUGGCCUUCGCUCGAAUCCCGCGCGAAGAAAUAUUUCAAGGAGAAACAGCCUUUUGAACGCCUUGAGGUCUCCAAGGAUGACCUUCGCAAAAUGUUCGGCUAUAGUAAGUACAAGAUGCACUAUAUCGAGAAAUUCGUGCCGGACGGCGAAUCCUCGACCGUCUACCGCAACGGAACGCUCGUCGACUUGUGCCAGGGACCGCACAUCCAGAACACCAAGAAAAUCGAAUCUUUCAAGAUCAUGAAGAACAGUUCGGCCUACUUCCUCGGCGACCAGAACAACGACUCUCUCCAGCGCAUCCACGGUGUCGCUUUCCCGUCCAAACAGCAACUCAAAGACUGGGAGCACUUCCUCGAGGAGGCCAAGAAGCGCGACCACCAAGUCAUCGGCCAGCAGCAGAAGCUGUUCAUGUUCAGCAAGAUGUCACCGGGAUCACCUUUCCUCCUGCCCCACGGCACCCGUAUCUUCAACGCGCUCCAACAAAUGCUGCGCGAACAAUACUGGGAUCGUGGAUAUCAAGAAGUCCAGUCGCCCAACAUGUUCGACGUCGAACUCUGGAAGACCUCGGGCCACUGGCAACACUACCAAGACGACAUGUUCCGGGUCCAGGUCAAGGAGGACACGGCCGAGCCCAUGCCGCUGGCGGACCAAAAGGCCGACGGCAAACCUGUGGCGCCGCCGCAGGCGCAUGACAAGGACAAGGGAAUCUUCGCGCUCAAGCCCAUGAACUGCCCCGGCCACUGUAUCAUGUUCCGCGACGAUGAGCGCAGCUACCGCGACCUGCCGUGGCGAGUGGCUGAUUUCGGCGUGCUCCACCGCAACGAAGCCUCGGGGGCCUUGUCCGGGCUCACCCGCGUGCGCAAGUUUCAACAGGAUGACACGCACAUUUUCUGCACAAACGAGCAGGUGCAGGUCGAGAUCGAGGAGCUCUUCGCCUUUAUGGAGCACGUGUACGGCCUGUUCGGAUUCCCGUUCAAGCUCAAGUUCUCGACACGGCCGGAAGGCUACAUGGGCACGCUCGAGGAGUGGGACGCGGCCGAGGCCCGGCUCAAGCAGGCGCUCAAAAACUUCCGCGGCGACGACUGGGAGAUGAACGAGGGCGACGGUGCCUUCUACGGACCCAAGAUCGACGUCACCAUCUCGGACGCCCUGAAGCGUGAGUACCAGUGCGCCACCAUCCAGCUGGACUUCCAAGGCCCGCAGAACUUCAAGCUCGAGUACCGCACCGGCGAGAGCAGCGAGGCCGUCCAGCAGCACCAGGGGUCGGGACGCGACGCCAAGGGCCUGGCACCGGGCAUGGCUCGACCCGUCAUGAUCCACCGCGCCAUCAUCGGCUCCUUUGAACGCUUCAUCGCCAUCCUCUGCGAGCAUUUCGCGGGCAAAUGGCCCUUUUGGCUGUCCCCGCGACAGAUCCUGGUCAUCCCCGUUAUGAAGGGCGCCGAGGACUACGUGCGCGAGAUCCAGGCCAUCUUCCACAAGGCCAGGAUGUAUGUCGACAUCGACGUGAGCGGGAACACGCUGCAGAAGAAGAUUCGUUCAGGACAACUGGCUCAGUACAACUUUAUCUUUGUCGUCGGUGCAAAGGAACAAGAAACCCGCACCGUCAACAUCCGCAACCGUGACGACCCUGCCACCCAGAAGAUGGGCGAACUCAUCCCGCUGGAGAAGGCCCUUGAGCGCCUCACCGAACUCCGCGAUCAACGUAGGCUGGAGAACAAGAUCGACAUGUCCGAGUAG